UGCCAUAUACAUACAUACCACUCAAACCACCUGCCACCAUAUGGGUUUAGAGACUCAAACCAACAUGGUGGCCUCAGGCCAUCAACAUCAGAAAUCUCCACCACCCUCGCCCCCGCCGGAGCUCAACAACGACCAUAAUCUCCUAUUCAACCGCUUCAAACUCCGCUUUCAAACUCCUAAAGCAGUGAUCAUCUUUGCUAUGGUGGCGCUUUCUUGCUUACUUUUGUAUCACUCUUCUCCUUCUGUACCAUUUCGGGUCCUCUAUAAUCCGUUUGCAGCUACCAAACACCGGCCCAAUUCAGAGAAGAAAGUUGAUGAACUGAAAAGCAUACUGAAAGAGGCCGCAACAAGUAGCAACACGAUUAUAAUAACUACUAUAAAUGAUGCUUGGGCGGAACCAAACUCUAUGUUUGAUCUUUUUCUUGAAAGCUUCAAAAUUGGGAAUGUAACCCAAAGAUUCAUAAAGCACUUAGUUGUCAUAGCUUUGGACCAAAAGGCAUACACUCGUUGCUUGAAGUUACAUUCUCAUUGCUACAAUCUUAGUACCCAUGGGGUCGACUUUUCUGAAGAGGCUUACUUUAUGGCACCCGAUUAUUUGAAAAUGAUGUGGAGAAGAAUCGAUUUCCUACGUACUAUUCUAGAUUUAGGGUAUAACUUCAUCUUCACGGAUGCAGACAUAAUGUGGUUUUGGGAUCCAUUUCCACAUUUCAAUAAGGAUGGUGAUUUCCAAAUUGCUUGUGAUUACUACACAGGGAACCCAAUUAACCUAAAUAAUUUGCCAAAUGGUGGUUUCACUUAUGUAAAGUCAAACGAAAAGACGAUCGAGUUUUACAAAUUUUGGUUCAAUUCACGGUUAACUUAUCCAGGUUUACAUGACCAAGAUGUGUUUAAUAAGAUCAAGUUUGACCCCAUCAUUCGUCACAACGGGCUACAAAUCCGGUUUCUCGAUACAGCUUUCUUUGGUGGAUUUUGUGAGCCAAGUAGGGACUUCGAUAAGGUGUGCACCAUGCAUGCAAAUUGUUGUGUGGGGUUAGAAAAUAAGGUUCAUGAUAUAAGAAUCAUGCUACAAGAUUGGCGAAAAUAUAGGCAGGUGCUUGGGAAUCAAACUGCCAUGGUUAGAUCAAUUUCUUGGACAGUUCCUCAAUCAUGCAGGGGGUCUUUCCAAAGGCCUCGUGCUCCCAAAAAGAAAGAAGAUGUUGGAAGUAAGAGUUGAUUGAUAAUCUUGUGAAUGAAAUGGUGAAAAUUAAGUUGAUCAUGUAAUUUAAACCAAUAUUAAUUGUACAAAAGCCAUUGUGAUCUCUUAUUUUAUUUUUAUGUUUUACUUUACAAGUUAAUUGUAACAACCAAAGGUUCUACCA